UGUGCCCUUCUUUUUUCUUCUCAGUUUCUCUAACUUUUAGAGCUAAAACGUUAGUAAAGCACUGACAACACAAGAGAGGAACGUGACAACUGAAGGGUCCAGACUCUGCAACAGCAAAACUAAAGGGUUCUCAUUAUAUGACCUCAUCACAGGACUGUUUGUGCCCACGACACUAGUGACGUGUUCCUCUCCUGGCGGUCAUGGUCUUCCUGCUCAUAUCCAUAACUGUGCUGCAUCUGGUCACACUGGCCAUGCUCCUCAUUGCCACCUUGGAAAAGUCCUGGUGGGUCUGGGAUGAUUCAGAAAUCACAGAUCUCUGGUACAACUGUUUCCAUGACAACGCCUCAAACACCUGGCUGUGUGCUGCCACCAAUGAAAACGAUUGGCUCCAGUCUGUGCAGGCCCUCAUGGUCCUCUCCGUGGUCUUCUCUUCCGUCUCCUUCCUGGUUUUUCUGGGUCAGUUGUUCACCCUGGCCAAAGGUGGGCUCUUCUACUUCACUGGCUUUUGCCAGGCCUUUGCAGGUUUCACAGAUUUUGCUGCCUGCCUCAUCUUCACAUUCCACAGAAAGGAGAUCUUAAAUGACUCUAGAGAUGUGAACAAAGGUCGUUUUGGCUACUGCUUCAUCCUAGCGUGGGUAUGUGUCCCUCUUCUCCUUGUAAGUGGCGUCCUAUACGUCCAUCUGCGCAAGAAGCACUGAGCCAAGAACUGGAAGCACAAAGACAAACCCAAAACAUGAUCAUUCAUUGCUCAUUACUCACAUCAGUUAAUGUACAGUUAUUGCAACCUGAAGAAUGAAAAUACCUCUUAAAAUGCUACUUUUGUGUUUAUUCCUUAACUUUUAUGUUUACCUAACCAUCCACCACAUGAUACAGUACAUAAUGUGAUAUCAUAGCUCCAUGUCUGUUUGUUAACCAUUGUCAUUCAUUGUCAUGAAUAACAGGAAUGUUAAAGGAUACAGCCACAGCUUUUCUACUCAUAUAACAGUCAGUUGCACAAUCUCACCUUAUUUGUGACUCUAAAUGUGAUUUAAAAGAUGGAUGCUUCUGUGAAACUGGGUUCAUUUUGGUACCUGGCAUUUUGCCAUCUGUUUUAGACCCAAUAAUAAAAGAGAAAUGUAGACAUAUUUCCACCAAGAAUGUACCUAAUGAUGACUUCAGAUAAAUGCAAAAAAAAAAAAAAAAAAAAUUAUACUCUUGUUCUGAGUCAUCCUAAAAUUAAUGAAUUUUUAAUAAAAUAUUGGGGCCAAAAAUAGGACCAAAAUUCAGACAGGAAAAGACACCAUGUUAAAUGUGACGAUCCUAGAGGUUUUUCUAAUCCAGAUGUGGGUUUUUCAUGAAUCUCAGUCUCAUUCCAGGUUUUGUGUGUAACCCAUCGUGUCCACUAGCGUUACAUGCGGAACCUGCCCAUUUAAACUUAUAUAACUCAUGGGUGAUUUUGCAAUAGCAGUCAUUUUUGUGAAACAGUCUGCCUUGCAUAACUGGUUCCAUUCCCAAAACGUACCUGUGAGAGACAUAAAAGAUAUU